CGCCGGGCGGGGUGAGCGCAGGGAGGACCAUGCUGCACCGGCAGGUGAGCGGAGGCCCAACUGCAGCUCCUCACGGGGAUGCUUCCUGGCCGGGGGCCCAUCACUGCGCCCCCGUCCUCCACGGCCAGCGGGCGGGCGUCCGCCCUGCCCCCCACAAGCCCCUCGGUGCUUCCCUUCGUCCCUAAGGGGGCGCCUCCGAGGCUGAAGCUGCGCCCCGGAACCGCCCCGCCCGCCUCCGCGGUAACGCGGUCGCCGCUCUCAGGCUGACUCCUUCCGGGGCUUUUCCUCGCGUCUCCGCCGCCGCCGCCUCGCAGGAGGGGCGCCAGGUCGGCACGGCGAGCCCCAGCCCCGGCGCAGGAGGCGGAGCGGAGGGGGAGGGGGAGGAGGCGGCGCCGCCGAGGAAAGUCUUUUUUUUGGUGUUUUUUUUAUGUGGAAUUGGCGGUGGGAGAGCCGUGGCCGUCAGCCGAGUCUGAAGAAAAGAGUUUAAUCAAGAAAAGGGGAACAGAGAAUGGACAGGGCGCCUUCUCCGUCCAAGAACCGUAGGCAGCGCCAUGUCGGCGGCACGACUCGCAGCUCCCCUGGCGGCCGCCAUCUUGGACCGGCAAAGGCCCGCCCCGCCCCUUGAAUCAGCCAAUCAGGAAAGACGGUGCGCCUGCGCUCCAAUCAGGAGGGACAGGGAAGGGGGCGGGGUUACAAAGCCAGCGGACCGCGGCUCCGAGUGCGCCUGCGCCCAGACCACUGCCGGCGCGCGCCCCUCUGCACAGAAGCGCAGGUACCGCCUGCUGCCCGGCUCCCAGGGUCCGGGGACAUGAACCCCGUGGUCGUGGUCCACGGGGGCGCGGGCAGCCGGGUCUCCCAGGACCGCGAGGAGCGGGUGCGCCAGGGCGUGGCCCGAGCUGCCGCCGCGGGGUACCGCGUCCUGACGGAGGGGGGCAGCGCGCUGGACGCCGUGGAGAGCGCGGUGGCCGCCCUGGAGGACGAUCCCGAGUUCAACGCCGGUUGUGGGUCCGUCUUGAACGUAAAUGGGGAGGUGGAGAUGGACGCCAGCAUCAUGAGUGGGAAAGACCUGUCCUCGGGCGCCGUGUCCGCCGUCCGCCACAUCGCCAACCCCAUUCGGCUCGCGCGGCUCGUCAUGGAGAAGACGCCUCACUGCCUCCUGACCGGCCAGGGUGCUGCAGAAUUUGCCGCCGCCAUGGGGGUCCCGGCGGUUCCUGAGGAGCAGCUGGUAACGGAGAGAAGAAGGAAACACCUUGAGAGAGAGAAGCAGAAGGAGGCUCAGAAUCCAGACCAACAGAAAGACUUGGGCACCGUGGGCGCCGUGGCCUUGGACGCCAAAGGGGAUGUGGCUUACGCCACCUCGACCGGGGGCAUCGUGAACAAAAUGGUCGGCCGAGUCGGGGACACGCCCUGUGUAGGAUCCGGGGGCUACGCCGACAGUGCCAUUGGAGCUGCUUCCACCACGGGGCACGGGGAGAGCAUCCUGAAGGUGAACCUGGCCAGGCUCGUGCUCUUCCACGUGGAGCGGGGAAGGACACUGGACGAGGCGGCGACGGCGGCGCUGGGUUACAUGAAGUCCAAGCUCCAAGGCCUGGGUGGUGUCAUCUUGCUCAACACAGCAGGAGACUGGGCGGCCCAGUGGACCUCGGAGUCCAUGGCCUGGGCGGCCGCCAAGGACGGCAAGCUGCACGUCGGCGUCAACCUUGGCGACACCAGGGUCACUGACCUGCCCUGAGCCCCGGAGGGUUAGGCCAGGGGCUGGCCUGCAGGUGACGCCGUUGCCUGGGUCGCAGGCUCAGCUUGACCCGUUAGCUAGAACCGGAAUCGCCCUCCGGUCUGCCCCGCGUCCUGCCCCUGGAGCAGUGCCUGUCCCAGUGCGUGGUGAGGGGCGGAGUCUGAAGGGAGGAGAGAAGUGCCCACAGUGAGGUCAAAAUGCAGCGAGCGAGGGUGACAGGCCGGAGCCAUCUCUUGAGCCGCCCCCUGGUCUCAGGUUAGAAAGAAGAACCGACAUGAUCUCAGCCCAACCGCCACCGGAAUGUCCUCGCGCAGGGAGCUGGAAUCGGGAAACACCCCCCCCCAGACCCCCCCUCCCCCCCCAGUGGCAGAGCUGCCCCCCAUCCCGGGCUGUCGUGGUUGCACUUUCUGGCGGGACCGGGAGGCAGGUGGGAAGAGAGUCCGCGGACGCGUCUGACGGCGGCAGGAGCAGCAGGGCUCGUGGGCAGAGGCCAGCUGAGCGCGGUGUCGCGGCGUCCACUGGGCUCGAAGGACGUGGGUAAAAGACAGCGGGAGCGGCAGACGGGUUUCUGAGGACGGUCGGACCCUCGCUGACUUGCUAACAUCGAGGCUUCCAGACCUAAAAGGACCCUCUGGUAACCUGCGCUCCCGGAGCUGAUGGUGCAGCCUGGGCCCCACCCCUGAGCUGGGUGGGGGCCGUGUGGUCGGCGCGGGGAAGGGGGGCGUUCCCUGGUGGAGAGGGUCCCGUUAACCUUCCCACUGGAGCGGUGUUUCUGCUGUGACUGAUCUGCAGGGCUUACCCUCUCUGGAAGGAACCUGCUUAACUGGCAAUCCCACGGCCGCUAAUAAACUAAUAAAAUGCGAUUUGGAAGAA